UGGGAGCCCAGGGCUCUGCGGAGACCGGGCCAGAUGGCCAGGGCUUCCCGGUGCCAUGUCUGCUCGGCUCCCCCCGCCUGGCCGGCCCGUGGCCAGCGCCAGCUGACGUCACUCGGCUGGAAGUGAUGGGGAGCGGAGCGGGGGUUCGCUCCAGCUGGGCGCUUUAUAAGGACGGGAGCGGAGCCGCGCGGCUCUCUCCGGCUCGCUCUCAGCCCCGGAGGAGGCUGGGGGGCCGGCUGGCGAGCGGGGGCGCGAGGGGGCUCCCUGGGCCGGGAGCCGAGGGUUGGGAAGCAGGCUGCCGCCCCACCGAGGGGGGAUGAGGCAGGGGCCGACAUGACCGUGCCGCUGCUGAAGAUCGGAGCCGUGCUCAGCACCAUGGCCAUGGUCACCAACUGGAUGUCGCAGACGCUGCCCUCCCUGGUGGGGCUGAACGGCACCACGAUCUCCCGGGCCGGCACCUCGGAGAAAAUCACUCUCUUCCAAAGCCCCGAUGACGGCUGGCAAGUUUACACCUCCGCUCAAGCCCCCGAUGGCAAAUGCCUCUGCACAGCGGUCAUCCCGGUGCAGGGCACCUGCUCCCGAGACCUGCGCAGCCGGCAGCUCCGGCAGCUGAUGGAAAAGGUGCAGAACAUCUCCCAGUCCAUGGAGGUGCUGGACCUGAGAACCUACCGCGACCUGCAGUACGUGCGCAACACGGAGUCCCUCAUGAAGGGGCUGGAUUCCAGGCUGAAGGUGGCCACUGAAAGCCAGAAAAGCCUGAACACUAAAAGCUUCCAGGAGCUGAAGGACAAAAUGACGGAGCUGCUGCCUCUGAUCCCCGUCCUGGAUCAAUACAAAGCGGACACGAAAAUGAUCGUGCAGCUGAAGGAGGAGGUGAGGAACGUCUCGGGGAGCUUGCUGGCAAUCCAGGAGGAGAUGGGCGCGUAUGACUAUGAGGAGCUUCAGCAGAGGGUGCUGGUCCUGGAGGCGCGGUUACAUGCCUGUAUGCAGAAAUUGGGCUGCGGGAAGCUGACAGGUGUCAGUAACCCCAUCACCAUCCGGGCGUCGGGAUCCCGGUUCGGAUCGUGGAUGACCGACACCAUGGCUCCCAGUGCUGACAGCAGGGUCUGGUACAUGGACGGUUACUACAAGGGGCGCCGGGUGCUGGAGUUCCGGACCCUGAACGACUUCAUCACGGGCCAGAACUUCGUGCAGCACCUGCUGCCGCACCCCUGGGCCGGGACGGGCCACGUGGUCUUCAACGGCUCCCUCUACUACAACAAGUACCAGAGCAACAUCGUGGUGAAGUACCACUUCCGCUCGCGGAGCGUGCUGGUGCAGCGCAGUCUGAACAACGCCGGCUACAACAACACCUUCCCCUACUCCUGGGGGGGCUUCUCUGACAUCGACUUCAUGGUGGACGAGAACGGGCUGUGGGCGGUCUACACCACCAACCAGAACGCCGGCAACAUCGUGGUGAGCAAGGUGGACCCGCAGACGCUGGAGAUCCUGCGCAGCUGGGACACCGGCUACCCCAAGCGCAGCGCCGGCGAGUCCUUCAUGAUCUGCGGCACCCUCUACGUCACAAAUUCCCACCUGGCCGGGGCCAAGAUCUAUUUUGCCUACUACACAAACACUUCUAGCUACGAGUACACGGACAUCCCGUUCCACAACCAGUACUCCCACAUCUCCAUGCUGGACUACAACCCGCGGGAGAGGGUGCUGUACACGUGGAACAAUGGCCACCAGGUCGUGUACAACGUCACGCUCUUCCAUGUCAUAAAGACUUCGGGCGAGUUGUGAAACCGCUGCCGGACUCGGUUCUUCGCUCUUUCUUUUUUUACACUUCGGGAUCGACCGUUCUUUUCAUGAAGCAAAGCCCAGAGGUUCUUCUUUGUGUUUUUUUCUUUCUUCCUGUGGUUGACAUGACGCAUGGAUCUCGUCUGCUUUCGUUGGAGCCAAGGUCAAUUAUUUUAUUUUAUUUUAUUUUUGGUGGCAAAUAAAAAUGAUUUCUUUGACAUUU